UCAAAGGUGCAAAGUCCACGCGACACUACUUACUACGGUGCUCUCAGACAUGUGGAUUUCUGACCGAAUCGCCUCCGGAUCUAAUCAGAGCAAACUCUCCACCAUGGAGAUGGUACUCGUACCCUGAAAGAGCUUCCCUGCGAGAGUUUGUAUCAUUCUCGAUUCGUUCAGUCAACAAAUUGUGUUACUUCUCUCUUGACUCUCCCGUUUGCAGCUUGCGAAUGUGAAGACGGUCGCUCUUGCAUUCUGUCCUUCCCUACCCUCCAGAUCUGGUGCACUCACUCGUUCGUGCAUCAGCAUCGUCCACUCGUUUUGCAAACCACCUUCUACUCGUAUCACCACUAUCUUUGACAGAACAGACGACAGCCCAGGUCAGAUCACUUCAUCAUCUCGACCCCGGAAAUAGAGAGCACCCAAUCCAUCGAGAAAAAGUUCUGCAUACCCUUCAUCACACCCAUCAUGGGCACCGUUCGAGAUCCCGCGUUCUGGCGACGAUUCUCAAUGGCGGUACACAUGGAUGAAGAGCAGGCCAAUAUAUCAGACUCAAAAUCAACUUCCACCGCGUCCUCAAGACCUGUCUUGAAACAAGCAGAUUCAUGGCUUGAGCGCAACCACAAGAAACAACGUCGAACACGCAUGCUGGGCUGGCUCAUCGCACUAGGCUUCGUAUGUGUCGUCGUUGGGAUUGUCAUGGUCCUGCUGUGGUACACGAAGCUGGGACCAUUCAAGGCGCUAUAACGUUGACGACACUGCGCUGGCAUCGCAUCAUGGUCAACAUAUUUCAACAUGGCGUUAUUCGCUACCAGAGGAGCAAUGAUGGAGGAGACCACGAAGACGCGCGACAGCUCGGUCCUGUCGUCAGCGAUUAAUGAAGGGAUUGAGUGAAACAAGACUCAAGGAUGGGCUGCAGAGGAUAUGGUCAUCAUCAGACCUGAUCACACGAGGACUUCCGACGGGAUACGGAAGAUUCGACUAACGACAUUACGAGCACCAUGUCAUCACAUCGGUCUGUCUGAGAGGCCGCAUAUAGACAUAUAGAGUUCAAACAGUCAUUGAC